AUGAUUCAAGAAUUUGUGAGUCGCGUCCGCACGAUCCCCUAUGGCGCUAUGUUGGAAACAAAUGAGGCAACUAAAAUUGCAAAACUUUUUCUUCGUGCUCGGAAGUUUGAUGUUAAUAGGGCCCUCGAGUUGUACAAAUCGUAUAAACAUAUGCGCUACAGUAACCAACUGGAGGCCAUUGACCCCUUGGAGGAGGGUGUUAGAAGGGAACUUUUGUCCGAAAAGUUUACUGUUUUGUCGCAUUCCUCGAGCCUGGAUCCAACGGUGAUGGUGUUUACAGUUCGUCGACACUGGCCACCCAAUUGCACAGAUAGAGACGUGCUCAAAGGUAUCAUCUACCAGUUAGACGCGGCUCUGCUUGAUGAACAGACACAGGAACAGGGUGUAACCGUGAUCUACGAUAUGACUGAUGCUAAGUACUCAAAUUUUGGUGCUGAUCUCUCCAUGAAACUGCUCAAUCUCCUCACUGGUAGUUAUCCAGCUCGUAUCCGUAACAUCCUUAUUGUUGCUGCUCCCUUUUGGUUUCGACCACCCUACCAUCUAUCUCGUCUCUUCGUCAAGGACAAGAUUCGUGAAAGGAUCUUCGCCAUCGAACGGCGCCAGCUGAUAAAUUUCCUUCCCCUCACGAGCAUUCCACAGAGCCUUGGCGGUAGCUUGCCCCACCGCCACCUCGACUGGCUCCGCACCUGCUUCGAUCGUCUUGGCGCCGUAUUGCCUAAUGAGGACUACUUCAAUCCCAUAAAGGCUGUCCCGUCUCUCCUCUCCGCGUCUGCUACUCUCCCAUUGCAUAGCGUCGCCACCAUGGCAGCCAAGCGUCGUGUCUCCCUCAAUCAGAACCAGCUUCACCACUUUCCGCAUCAGCGACUUAGCAAUGGGGGCGGCAGUAGUGUGAAUCGAGUCAAUUCUGUCACGCCCUUGGGACGAGGGCUAACCACAUGGACCUACAACCGUCUGCUCCGACCUGAUGCGUCGAUGAACAGCAGCAGCAGUGUCUCCGUUUCCAAUGAUGAAGUUACUACUACUACCACCACAAAAAACAACCAGGAUGACAUAGUUUCUAUUACCUCUGCAACCCGCAUAUCUGUUGCCCAAUUCCUUGCCGAAUUCCCCCGCAAAUUUCCCACUACCUUUGAACGUGAAUUCGAGACAAGUAUUCGACAGUUUGGUGGUGGUAGCUGUGGUGUUGGUGGCAAUGCUAGUGCCAGUCGCUUUUCCAGUCGUAUCAACUGGCCAAAAAACCGCUAUGUGGAUGUUCCGUGUCUGGAUCAUUCUGCGGUGCCGCUGCCCAAUGAUGCCUACAUCCAUGCCAACUUUGUGGAUGGUUAUAAACGCAGAAAGGCGUAUAUUCUUACUCAGGGUCCCCUUGAAAGUACAGCGGUAGACUUCUGGCAGAUGGUAUGGACUACCGGCGCUUCCAUCAUAAUAAUGCUCACCAGAAUCGUGGAGAAUGGUAGAGUGAAGUGUGGUCAGUACUGGCCUCCCAUAGAGACCAAUUAUGGACACAGCUCUUCUGCUUCUACGGCCACUAAGCGUUUUCCACCCUUCUCAGUGACCAACGUGCAACAGACAGUGGAAGCGAAUGGACUUUACCAACUCUCCCGUCUGCACUUGUCUAAGUCACAGGGUAAAAUCACUGCAUUCGAGCCAUCUAAUCCUACCAGCUCUCUCGCAGAGACACGUAAAAUUGAGCACUACCUCUUCCUCGGCUGGCCCGAUUUCGACGUGCCAAAGGAACCUCAUGAUUUUCUCACCUUCCUCGAUGUCAUUAAUGAGCGUCUUCGGCAAUCAUCCACCUCGUUACCCACCUCCCCCCUCAUCAUCCACUGUUCAGCUGGCAUUGGUCGUACGGGCACAUUCACGGCGAUUGACAUCUGUCUGGCCCAGGCAAAAGCUGAGGGAUACGUGGAUGUGCCUGGAGUAGUUACACGAAUCCGUCAACAGCGGGCAUGCUCUGUUCAACUGGCCAAACAGUAUGCCUUCAUCUAUCAGGCGGUGUACACGAGACUGAGGGCCAUCAUGUGA